UAUAUAUAUAUAUAUAUAUAUAUUCCAAGAGGCGAUAAAAAUGCCAGACGAAAACACCGCCAAAAUCCUCUCUCCAAAAUCGAAGCCGAACCUCCGCGAACCGGGAACGGAAGACCGCCGAGCGAUGCAGGACACGGCGGAGGAGCAUCUCGAUCGAGCCGCCGCCGCAGCCGCCGCGGAGACGGCGAUCGCGAGGCGGCGGACGCCUCUGAAAUCCCGCUCCGGCUUCAACGAUCGCUCCGGUUGGAAGCACAAGCUCAGGGAGAAUUGCUACCGGAGGGUCCGGGAGGAUCGCGGCCGGCUGCUGUGGAAGAUGAGAUUGCCCGAUUCCGAGCCCUGCACUAGCCAGGAAUAUAUAAAAUCUGCUUUUAGGGACAUUGUCUCUGAUGAAUUGAAGAAAAUAAAAAGUACCUCAGUUGCUGACAGUCUAAAAACUGUGCAUGGCGCCCAUGAACAAGCUGAUAUGCUUUGGGAAUAUGAUGGGCUUCAUAAUGCUUAUCAAGGUGAUUGCGAAGAGAUAUUGUUGGAAAUGCAAAGGAUAUUUUACGAGGAUCUUGAUUCAGAGCAAAACAGAAAAGAGAGUGAAAGCUGUGUUGACAAUUGGGAAGAUGAAGAAGAUGAGCUUUUGGCAUGUGCGGUUUUUGAACACAUGCAGUUGAAUGAGGAUGAGGUAAGCAAGAGGGUUUGGUGCCCAAUUUGUAAGCAAGGAGAGUUGCAAGAGAACCAUAGUCUGAUUUAUUGCACCCUCUGCAAUCUGAAGCUCAACAAAGGCACUGAGAUUAACUUGGAUUUGUUGAGGUUUCGGCUUGCAGAAGCUCAUUCGGAACAUCUUGAUCGAGGUUGCAGAUUAAAACCCAACUUCAGUGUCGAGACAAUUAUUGAUCUCACAGCUUUGUAUCUAGUCUGCUCUGGCUGUCAAACAUUUGAGGUUGUCGUAUAGCUUCUUUUCUUGCUAAAGCGUUUCUCUUUAAAUUUUUGAGGACAAGAUUUUUCUUUCGUGUAGAAUUUAUUUAUGUCAUAGAAUUAGUUCAUUGAUUUGUGUUGGCUCCCACAAACUUUCUUGUAGAGGUACAUAAGGUCAUGUCCUUGCUAAGAUUGGUUGACUGGAUUAUCUCUUCUUGCGACUCC